AUAUAUAUAUAUAUAUAUAAGAACUACAAAUUAUCAGAAAGUGUUUCUCAAACAAAAGCGAACUCAAAUAGCGGGUAACCGGUUGUUAAGCUCAGCAAAAAUUCCAAAAAAAUCCAUAAGAUCAUUAUUUCAGCGAAUCACCUUGCAGAAUAAUACAUAUUGUCCCCCUACAUUGUCACCGGAAACCGGCUACACCCGGUCACUACACCGUUUUCUUCAAAUAUAAGAAGAGUAAGCUGGGAAGUGGUGAAGAGUACUUGCAGAGACACUGCUCCGCGCUUCUUCCAGUAGAUCAGAAGGUAAACGCCAUGCCUUUCAGAAACGUUGCCGUAGGCCGGCCCGAAGAGGCCACCCAGCCGGAUGCCCUGAAGGCGGCCUUGGCUGAGUUCAUUUCCACCCUGAUCUUCGUUUUCGCCGGAGAAGGUUCCGGCAUGGCCUUUAACAAGCUAACUGACAACGGCUCCACUACACCUUCCGGUCUGGUCCAAGCUUCGCUUGCUCACGGCUUUGGUCUUUUCGUCGCUGUCUCCAUCGCCGCCAACAUCUCCGGUGGCCACGUCAACCCGGCUGUCACCUUCGGAGCCUUCGUCGGUGGCAACAUCACUCUCCUACGUGGCAUCCUCUAUUGGAUCGCCCAACUCCUCGGUUCCGUUGUGGCUUGCUUGCUCCUCAAGUUUUCCACCAACGGCAUGACUACAUCAGCUUUCUCACUCUCCUCCGGCGUGGGUGUAUGGAACGCGUUCGUUUUGGAGAUCGUGAUGACUUUCGGGUUGGUCUACACCGUUUACGCCACCGCAAUUGAUCCCAAAAAGGGAAAAAUCGGAAUUAUUGCUCCGAUCGCAAUCGGUUUCAUUGUGGGUGCCAACAUUCUAGCCGGCGGGGCCUUCGACGGAGCAUCCAUGAACCCGGCCGUGUCAUUCGGGCCCGCCUUGGUGAGCUGGAGUUGGGAAAACCACUGGAUCUACUGGGCCGGGCCUCUGAUCGGAGGUGGGCUCGCCGGAGUGGUGUACGAGUUCUUCUUCAUCAGCCACUUCGGCCACGAGCAGCUGCCUACCACUGAUUACUGAGCAGAUUUUCGAUCCGGUGUAUUGUGAGGGAUUUUCUUCUCUUUUUGCUGUAUCUCUGUGUUGAAUUUGUGACCGUUGAUCUUUGAUCCGAUCAUCACUGAUGUUGUCUAUGGGUGUGAAUAAAUUUGAAUGGGACCGGGCAAGUUCUUGUGUUAGUUGUGCUUCGACUGUACAAUCACUUUUGAGGUUUUAUUGCAUUUUACCCUUUUCGGGCUCCUUUAUCUUGCAUUUAAGAAGUAAAGGUCGUUUUUGAAU